AUGAUUGAUAAUAUGCGUGAUCAGCAAGUAAGUAAUAGUAGUGAUAACAUAAAAUUAAAUGAAAGUAUAGUUAGAAAAUGGGGUACACGAAUUACUGUAAUGUGUUUAAUUCCAUUGAUUGGAAUAAUAUGGCCAAUUUUUGCUUUAAUCAAUACCAGCAUAUUAUCAUCU